AUGUACGGUCUUAUCGAGUGGUCGUUAGCGGCGUUGCGAACAAAUGGAAUUGAUCCGAGGAAAACUGAAUUAUUUGACAAGAUUCUGAGUGGAUUCACAAUAGUUUGCAAUGCCAUUGUCAUGGUCAUAACGGGUUUGGAGUUACUCUUGAACUGGAACGGCGUUAAAACUGUAGCAAAGGUUGAAGCUCUUCCUAACACAAUGCUUGCGACCUUCCAAGCAUUCCACAUUAUCUUUCAGCUGUAUCCAGUGAUCAUGGGAUUCGACGGCCUAUACAUGGGACUUAUCACGACAAUAUAUGUUCAACUGGAAUUAAUCAAACACGCUUUUCUCGAGAUCAGCUAUAAGAACAGAGGACCUGAAAAGCAUAAAUUUUUGCGCGAGGUCAUCAUCCAUCAUAACUUCAUUUUAAAUUAUAUAAAGUUGAUAAAUAGCAUCUACACGCGCAUGUUAUUCAUCAAGUAUUGGACUAUGCUUGUAGCUGUUACAUUUAGUUUAUAUAUGAUAACAAGAAACGGCUUUCCGCCUGAUGGAUACAUGUUAUUGAAAUAUGGACCGUACUGCGCGAAUUUGUUGAUACAAUUCGGAUUGUAUUGUAUGAGCGGCGCAAUUCUGAAUACUCAAGUAGUAAGCGUAUCGAAUGCAGUUUAUGAAAUUGAUUGGUGGAUGAAAGGAGAAACAAAAAUUAGAAAAUCGCUAGCUUUCGUUAUACAAAGAUCUCAAAGAAUUGAUAGAUUGACAAUUGGAAAAAUGUAUGAUCUCAAUUUGGUUUCGUAUAUGAAGCUUUUAAAAAAUGUCAUGUCAAUUUACACCCUUCUAGAUAAAUUAAGUACACCAAGAUGACAACCUUAAUGCAUG